AUGGCAGGCGAGUCGUGGCUGGACAUUCCAGCAGAGUCGGGCUUCUCGCUAGACAACAUCCCCUUUGGCAUCAUCAGCCAUGCCGGCAGCAAACAACCCCAUGCGGCUGUGGCUAUUGGCAGCCAUGUCCUCGACUUGAAGCUCUUUUCUGACGGUGGAGGCUUCUCUGGCCUGCCUGAGGCGGCACCCAAAAUCCUGCAGAGCUUUUCUGAGACGACACUCAACUUCGCCGAGCUGGGGCGUCCUCUGCACAACAAGGUGCGAGAGUACCUCGGCCUCGUCCUCGCCCUUGACACGCCCUUCGCCCGACUUUUGAGGGACAACGCCUCCCUUCGCAGUGCCAGCCUUGUUCCCCUGUCGCAUGUCGAGACACACUUGCCGCUGAAAGUCGGCGAUUACACCGACUUCUAUGUCGGCAAAAACCACGCCUACAAUGUUGGCGUCCUUUUCCGCGGCUCUGACAACGCGCUGCAGCCCAAUUACUCACACCUGCCGGUCGGCUACCACGGAAGGGCUUCCUCGAUUAUUGUCUCGGGAACCCCCUUGCGGCGGCCCUGGGGUCAGAUUCUUGAUGCCAGCAAAGCACCCAUCCACCAACCCAGCAGGCGUCUCGACAUCGAGCUCGAGCUGGGCGCUUUUGUCUGCAGGAGCAACGCACUCGGCUCACCUGUGCCCAUCACCGAAGCCGAGAAGUACAUAUUCGGCUACGUGCUGCUGAAUGACUGGUCUGCUCGCGACAUCCAGGCCUGGGAGUACGUCCCGCUCGGCCCGUUUAAUGCCAAGAACUUUGCCAGCACCAUCAGCGCCUGGGUCGUGCUGGCUGAUGCGUUGGAGCCGUUCCGGACUGAGGGCAUCAAGAACGACCACAAAGUGCUUCCCUAUCUUCAAAAUCCGACUACGCGCGGCGUUUUUGAUAUCAACCUGGAGGUCAGCCUGAACACCGAGACAUCCAGUGAGCCAUCGGUUCUCACACGCUCCAAUGGAAAGUAUCUGCUCUGGUCCUUCCCACAGAUGGUCGUACACCACACGGCUGGAGGUUGUCCUCUGAACCCGGGUGACCUCAUCGGUUCGGGCACAAUCAGCGGGCCAGACAGCGGUACGCAGGGCAGCCUUCUCGAAAUCACCAGUGGGGGCUCCAAGCCCGUCAUUCUCUCGGGAGGCGAGAGCCGCACGUUUCUUGCCGACGGCGAUGAGGUCGUGUUUCGGGGAUGGUGUGAACGCCCUGGUAUCGGCAGGGUUGGCUUCGGAGAGUGCAGAGGCCGUAUUUUAGCGCCUUGGCCGUCUGGCUACAGCGUGUAG